AUGAUGUUUCAAAUAAAGGAAGCAAAAGAAAAGCAAUUCUUCCUGACUGAUGAUAAUGGAAACAUCAUACCCGGAACAUAUAGAACACCGGUCGGAGAAGUUAAAAUUAAAAAGAUUGAAGCAUCAGGAAAUUGCGAUGUCGUGUCACUCGCGCGCUCAAUGAACGACAAUUUCGCGUCAAGAACCAAAGAGUUGUUUUCUCCAGAGGUGGAAGCUGUGAAAGAAGCUAUCAAAACAGGUAUAUAUGUUGCAUGGAGACCAAUAGAUAAACCUUGGAACCAACAAGAUUGUCAACGCGUGUGUUCUAUUUCUCGUUGUUUUUGCGGACACUCUUUAAAUCAACAUGAAGCGCUUUCUGUGAGCAAAGCAUUUCCAAAGUGCAAUCAGACUGGAUGCUCAUGCAAACGGUUCAAGUUUGUUCCCAGUAGACCAGAAGAAGUUGGUGAAUUUUGGUUAACUAGACGCAGUGAUUUUGAUCGUAAUUUGUACCGUGUAAAAUGCAAGUGUAAGCACACUCAUGAAGAACAUGUGGCUGAUCUAGUUCCUUAUCGAUGUAAAGUUAAAAGAUGCAACUGUUCAGGAUUUUCAUCAGCUUUCCUUUGCGCUGCAUGUGACAAGCACUGGCAUGAGCAUCAAACAGUUUUUGAAACUGAAACGGAACGUAAAGCUGAAGGACGUCCAGUUGGUGAAGGAUGGAUUCCAUUUGCUGAACUACCAGAAUUAGCUAAAAUUGCACUGACUGGUGUUGAUAAUCCAGAUAUUCAAACAUUAACUGAUGCUUUGCCAGUAAGUUCUCGUCAAACUCUUCUAGAUAAACAAACUUUACCUGCUAUCGCUGGACCAAAAGAUUAA